UUCAGGCUCCUACACUCCAAUCUCCAGGAGCUACAAGAUGAAAGUGUUGGACAACGGAACACUGGUGAUUAACGACGUUAAGGAGACAGAUUCAGGAACGUACCUGUGUCAGGCUGAUAACGGAGUGGGAGAAAAGUUGGAGAAAGCUGUCCGUCUGUCUGUCCACGUGAUUCCAUCUAUUGAGAAAUAUAGCGAAAUUGUUACUGUGCAGCGUGGAUACACAAAGAGUGUACGAUGUAUUGUAACAGGAGAGCGACCUCUAGUGGUUAGAUGGCUUAAAAACAAUCAUGCGUUGGAACCUUGGUCGAACCGCCACGAAACUUACAGUAAAGAAACUACAGUUGGGACUAACUCUACUCUCGUCAUCAGAAAUAUUCAAACUCAAGAUGCUGCCCUCUAUACGUGUUCUGUAGAGAACUCAUUCGGAAAUGACAGCUGGAAUAUCAAGAUGCUUGUUAAUG